CCUCUCUCUCUCUCUCUCUCCCCGUCUCUCUCCAUCUUCUUCUUCAUUAGAGCAUCUGGAGGAUGAGAGAUGGUGGGUUUGAGUGUUGUUUUAGAGGGUCAAAACAGUGGGAGCAGUAGUGUCCAUAGCAAGAAAAGCCCACAAGUCAUCAACAAAGCCACCAUGUCCAUGGUGAUUAACGGCGCAGCCCCUCCUUCUCCAACACCCACAUCUUCAACAUCAUCAUUCUCUCGUAGAAGUUCUCUGCCUUCUAGUGCUUUCCCAGCACUUGCUUUCUUGGACCAGUGUUUUCUCUGCAAGAAAAAGCUGCAAGGAAAAGACAUCUACAUGUAUAAAGGAGACAGGGCAUUUUGUAGUGCGGAGUGUAGGUGCAGGCAAAUCUUCAUGGACGAGGAAGAGACGCUGAGGAAAGACAACUGCUCAAUGGCUGCCAUAAAACCCACUUCCUCGACAUCAUCUUCCUCUCCAUCAUCCACUAGGCACAGCAAAGGAACCAGAAACAAACCAGGUGGUUUUGCUUAUUGAGUCUCUGCGAGGGAGAGAGAGAAAGAGAGAGAGCACUUGUAAGAUAAACAAGAAAGAACCCAAAAGAGAAAUUUCUUUUGCUUUUUUCUUUUUUUUUUU